UUCUUAGAACGCCUGAGAUUACAUAUUAGAAAAAAAAAAAAAAAAUCUUUGAACAGUUGAUAUGAUAGCGGGACCCUUAAAUAUGACAGAAUCUGUCUAGCUACGGGUCUUGUGUUGAACAGUUAGAAUUCUAGAAACUUGGUUGAAGUUUCUGUUUUCAGCGGGCAAUUUUUCUAUAUAUCUUUCUGUAAUAUAAAAGAAAUGGAAGAUGGGUCUUCCCCUACGGGUGGUGGUACUGUAGAUAAGGGAAGAGCUGAGCAAUAUAAAGGAAGGGUCACUGUUCAUGUUAUCAUUGCUUGCAUUGUUGCUGCUACUGGUGGGUCCCUUUUUGGCUAUGAUGUUGGUAUUUCAGGAGGAGUUGCUUCCAUGGAUGACUUUCUUCAGAAUUUCUUCCCCGCAGUGUACAAACAUAAAUUGGAAGCCCAUGAAAACAACUAUUGCAAGUAUAACAACCAGGGCAUUUCUGCAUUUACAUCUACUUUAUACAUUUCUGGUUUAGUUGCAUCCAUAAUCGCAGCUCCAAUUACGCGGAGGUAUGGACGAAGGACAAGUAUCAUAAUUGGUGGUAUCAACUUUCUCAUUGGAUCAGCUCUGAAUGCUGCAGCGGUUGAUCUUGAAAUGCUUAUCAUUGGAAGGGUUUUGCAAGGUGUUGGCAUUGGAUUUGGAAAUCAGGCUAUUCCGCUGUACUUGUCGGAGAUGGCGCCAACACACUUUCGAGGAGGAUUGAACAUGAUGUUUCAAGUUGCAACCACGUUUGGGAUUUUUACAGCAAAUAUGAUCAAUUAUGGAACACAACAGAUUCAACCCUGGGGGUGGAGGCUGGCCCUUGGCCUUGCUGCAAUUCCAACUCUUUUGAUGACUAUCGGAGGAAUAUUUAUUCCAGAGACUCCAAAUAGCUUAAUAGAAAGAGGAUCAAAGGAACAAGGGAGGAAGCUCCUUGAAAAAAUCAGAGGAACGAAUGAGGUCGACGCGGAGUUCCAAGAUAUGCUUGAUGCGGGUGAAUUGGCAAAUUCAAUAAAGCACCCCUAUUAUAACAUCCUUAAAAGAAGAUACAGACCAGAGUUGGUCAUGGCUAUCUGCAUGCCUGCAUUCCAGAUUCUGACCGGCAUAAACUCAAUCCUCUUUUAUGCUCCAAUGCUAUUUCAAAGCAUGGGAUUUGGCAGACAGGCAUCUCUCUACUCCUCAGCAUUGACUGGAGUAGUUCUUGCUGGAUCAACAUUCAUUUCUAUUGCAACAGUAGAUAGAUUGGGGCGACGACCCUUACUCAUCAGUGGUGGAAUACAAAUGAUUGUAUGCCAGGUUUCAGCUGCCAUAAUUCUGGGGAUCAAAUUUGGAGAAAACCAAGAAUUGUCAAAAAGCUAUUCAAUAUCGGUUGUAAUAAUACUCUCUCUAUUUGUUCUAGCAUUUGGAUGGUCAUGGGGGCCACUAGGAUGGACAGUCCCAAGUGAGAUAUUUCCGUUAGAAAUCCGAUCGGCAGGGCAAAGUAUAACAGUUGCUGUGAACCUUCUCUUCACUUUCAUAAUUGCACAGGCCUUUCUUUCCCUUCUCUGUUUUUUUAAGUAUGGGAUCUUCCUAUUUUUUGCUGGCUGGACAGCCCUAAUGACCCUAUUUGUUUUUUUGUUCCUACCUGAAACCAAGGGCAUUCCCAUUGAAGAGAUGUCAAUUUUGUUGAGGAAACAUUGGUUCUGGAAAAUGGUACUACCAGAUGAUGCAGUUUGACUACAAUUACUUGGAUAUUUUAUCAAUUGAUCAUGAUAAGGCAUAUAACUGAAAAUCUCACCCAGAAUCAUAGUUUGUCCUUCAUAUGUUGUAAUUAAGUACACUACAUUCACAUCUAUGAAAUAUUUGAUUGUCACAUUAUUUGUAAUUUUAUAUUAUCAAUGACAAAUUAAUUA